AUACAACGGUUGUUUCAGUGAAGAAACGGUUUGGUUUGUGCUUUAUUUUCUCGCCGGAUUCCAAGACUUCAGGUAGAAAGAGGGCUCGCCGGAGGGCGAUGGAGGUCGAUGAUGCUUCCUAGUCUCCGGACGACAAGUGUGACCGUUUUGAGAUCUUCUUUAGGAGAUUAACAAUAAUCUUUCUUAAAAUUCUUGAAAUACUACUCAAGAAAAGACAUGAAUACUUCAACUUCUAUCAACUCCGCAACUUCCCUUCCACAAGACAUUCUUUACGAAAUUUUCACUAGACUUUCCGUUAAGUCUAUAGUACGAUUCAGGUGCGUUUCUAAAUUUUGUUAUUCUCUUGUAAAUAACUCGUUUUUCGCUGAUGUGCAUCGGAACCGAUCCUUAACAUGUCCCGGGACAAGCAUCCUAUUACGUCUUCCAUCAAAAACAUGUCAACAAGUCUUUUACAUUGUAAAUCUGACGGAAGAAAACCAUGGAAAGCUCCAAGCCCACCGUGUCCGGUAUAUGGACCAACAAUGUUUUCAUAACCGGGUUCAUUUAAGAGCUUAUUUCAGGUGUACUAAAGGCUUGAUUUGUCUGGCCAACGACGACGGAGACGCCGCGGUUUGCAACCCUAUUAUAAGACAACAUGUUUCUCUGCCAAGAACCCGUCCUGUCCGCCCAUCCACCUCGCAAAACUUCGCCAGCGCGGUCUUGGGUUUCGAUUCGGUUUCUGAAAGGUACAAGGUUUUCAUGUCGGAACUGCGUUGCAUCCAUGGCCGUGGCGAUAAGAAGCACUGGGUUUUGACUCUUGGAGAGGAUGAAUCAUGGAGGGAGAUCAUCGUCCCUAACUAUCCAGAAACCAGUCUUCACAUUGACGGCGUUAUCUACUUGAUAAACUGGACCGUUAAAAGGGAAAUAAUUGCGUUUAACGUCGGAGCUGAGGAGUUUCGCACGUUACCUUUUCCGCGUGAACUCCGACAUCGUACCUCCUCGGUUUUGAGGUCUCCGUGGAUUGAGGUGGCCGGUCGGCUAGCCGCCGUUACUGUUGAUCAUCAGUGGAGCAGAGUGGAGGUAUGGGCUUUGGAGAAAUCAAUGGAAUGGGAGAAAUAUAUGAUCCCCAUUCCAUUGGAAGAUAGGGAAACGAUCAGAAAAGCUUGUUCCAUGGACUUCACAGGGAAGUGUAAUGGGGAGAUUGUGAUGCUGAUUCACGUGGGUGAGACUUUCUUGAUUUUCGUUACUGCGUUUGGAACGCCGCAGGUGUGGAGAAAGUUUGAGAUAUGUGGAAUUCAUGAUCGUUUCAUUUGUUUGGAUAGAGUACAAAAUGCCAUACAUAUCAUUGAGGAGAACGUAUUUUUUCCUUCUUCCAAAACAUUGAAUUUCCAAUCUAACAUCUUGACCAGACGGAUCAUUUAGGAGGAUGUGAAUUGAUUCAAUGACACAGCAGACAGGUCAAAUGCAGGUGCGCAUAAUCUCCACAUUGCUGCUACCAAAGUUCGAACAUUGGUCUCUUACCUAAAUACUAUCUACUGGAUGUUUUUUUAAUACUACCUAUUGGAUGUUUUUUUUUUCUUCUUGCAGAAUAGAUCAAAUCUAUUCCAUUGCUGUUUAAUUGGUUCAGUUUUUAAAGCGAAGAAUAUAAUUUUUUUAUUAUGUUUUGUA